GGAUGUGACGCGCCGCUGGUGGAGGGACGCCGGAAGUGGCGGGGCUCUCUUGCUGGCUGUCCGCCUGGGCACCCGGAAGUCGGCGGUGUUGGAGGCACCGGAGCCAUGAAGCGGGACGUGAGGAUCCUCCUCCUGGGGGAGGCCCAAGUGGGGAAGACGUCUCUGAUUAUGGCUCUGGUGGGAGAGGAAUUCCCUGACGAGGUUCCAUCUCGAGCAGAGGAAAUCACCAUACCGGCUGACGUGACUCCAGAAAGAGUGCCAACCCACAUCGUGGACUUUUCAGAAGUGGAACAGACAGAAGAUGAGCUCAGGGAAGAGAUUACUAAGGCGAACGUUGUCUGCGUUGUUUAUGAUGUCACAGAUUUAGAUACUAUUGAGAAGAUCUCCACCAAGUGGAUUCCUCUGGUCAAUGGCAACGCAGAUCGCAAUUCCAGACUUCCCAUAAUCCUCGUGGGGAACAAAUCAGACCUGCAAUGUGGCAGCUCCAUGGAGUCCAUUCUGCCCAUCAUGAACCAGUUCUCGGAGAUUGAGACAUGUGUAGAGUGUUCAGCUAGAAACCUCAAGAACAUCUCCGAAGUCUUCUACUACGCCCAGAAAGCCGUACUGCACCCCACUGCACCUUUAUAUGACCCCGAGGAGAAGCAGCUGAGGCCGCAGUGCAGGAAGGCCCUGACUCGAAUUUUUACCAUCUCAGAUCAGGACAACAACCAGAUCCUGAGCGAUGAUGAGCUCAACUACUUCCAGCAAUCCUGCUUUGGGAACCCGCUGGCACCUCAAGCCUUAGAAGAUGUGAAGAUGGUCGUAAAAAAGAACACAGCAGAUGGCGUGCGGGACAACGGACUGACAUUAAGUGGAUUCCUCUUCCUUAACACCCUGUUUAUUCAGCGGGGACGCCACGAGACCACGUGGACCAUACUGCGACGUUUUGGCUACGACGAUACAUUGGAACUUACCGAUGACUACCUCUACCCUCCACUGCGCGUUCCCCAUGAUUCCUCCACAGAGCUCAACCAUUUCGGCUACCAGUUCCUGCAGAAGACGUUUGAGAAGCACGACUUGGAUGGCGAUGGCGCUCUAAGUCCUUCUGAGCUGCAAAGUUUUUUCAGUGUUUUCCCUUACACACCGUGGGGCCCGGAGCUGCAUAACACAGUGUGUAUGGCCGAGAAGGGCUUGCUGCCCCUGCAUGGAUACUUAUGCCAGUGGACGUUUGUGGCUUACUUGGAUGUACACCGGUGCCUGGAACACCUGGGCUAUUUAGGAUACCCCAUUCUGUGCGAACAGGACAGCCAGACUCGUGCUAUCGCAGUGACCCGCGAGAAGAAGAUAGACCUGGAAAAGGGACAGACGCAGAGAAGUGUUUUCUUGUGUAAGGUCAUUGGCCCUCGGGGGACAGGGAAGUCGGCCUUCCUGAGGACUUUCCUUGGUCAGAGCCUGGAGCAGCAGAAGAACCGCAGGGAAGUCUCCUUCUACUCCAUCAACACGGUGCUGGUCGGGGGGCAGGAGAAGUAUCUUAUACUCUAUGAGGUGGAUGUGGACACGGAGUUCCUGAAACAGUCGGACGCAGGCUGUGACGUGGCCUGUUUAAUGUACGAUGUCAGCGACCCCAAAUCCUUCAACUACUGCGCCAGCAUAUACAAGCAACACUAUAUGGAGAGUCAGACGCCCUGCAUGUUUGUGGGGUGUAAAUGGGAUCUGGGCGAGGUAAAGCAACAGCACGGCAUCUCACCCGCCGAAUUCUGUCACAAGCAUCGCCUGCCACCUCCCUAUCACUUCAGCUGCCAGGGGACGGUGGACCAAACCAUCUACAACAAACUAGCUACAGCUGCUGCCUUCCCCCACCUCCAUGACACGGAACUCAGCACAGCAUCGUUUUGGUUGCGUGUGGCGCUGGGAGCCACAGUGGCCGCCGUCGUGGGAUUCACGCUCUACAAAGCACUUCUACGCAGCAAAUAGCUCUCAUUACCUCCUCCGGCUCUAAACAUGAACCAGCCUGAUGACUUCACUCCCUCGAGCACUAACCACUGUGACUGACAGAGGAACGGCUGCUUUUUCUAUGGGAGGAAGACCUAUGAUGGAGGGGGGUGGAGUCCCCUGAUAAAAGGGGCCACCCAGAUCUUAUAGAUAAUCCCUUCUUAACCUUCCACUGCCCUCUUGUGACACAGAGGAACUUUGUAAAGUGGAUCUCCACUGGCCCCAAU